UUCUUCCCGUCAAGCCCGGCGAGUCCAAAUCAACUACUAAUUAGUUGAACCACACGACAAAAAACCGGCUCAUGGCUUCUUGUGUGUUUUACAGAUUCAAGUCCCAAAAGGACGAGUCCCGUAUAACAUUUGAUGGUACUGGAAUCUCUGUGUUUGAUAUUAAGAAAGAGAUUAUUCUCGCCAAUAACCUUGGUAAGGCAAACGACUUCGACCUCUAUGUCUACGAUGCGUCCACCCAGCAAGAGAUGACACUCAAAUUAUCCCCCGCUCUUCUUCUGUUCAUUGUGAAGCGCUUGCCUGCUCAACGCACCGGGAAGGGCAAGGCGGCCAUGUACCUUGCUGGAACAACCGGAACUACUGUAAUUCCAACCUCUGAUGUUGUCCAGACAUCAGGUGGUGUUUGGCACAGGGGUGCUAUGUCAAAACGCUUCGAUAUAAAAGAAGAACAGCAACCCGCACCUUCAAAAGCAUCCACUCCGAUUACCACCAUACCGAAGAACUCCGUAACGAAGGAGGACGAGGCCGCUGCUAUGGCUGCCAUGUUUCAGGCCCAGACCGCCAAUUGGGAGGAAACGCAGGAAAAAAUGUCACACGCAACACGAAUAUAUCGUGAUAAACCAUCUUCCGGCCGUGGAGGGAAGCCGUUCCAACAUCAUACUCACGAUCGCCCUCUUCCCCCGAGUUAUGUAUGCUAUCGUUGUGGCCAGAAAGGCCAUUGGAUUCAAGACUGUCCUACGAAUAAUGACCGUGAAUUUGAUAAUAAGCCCCGAAUCAAGCGGACCACGGGUAUCCCACGAAGUUUCCUUAAGGCUGUUGAGAAUCCUAGCAAAGGUGAACUCGCUCAAGGAGUAAUGGUUACACCCGAAGGUGGCUAUGUUGUAGCCCAGCCCGACUCCGCUUCAUGGCAAAAGCAAGUAUCUCGCAUGAAGGGACUUACCGUAGCAGACGUCCGAGAACGUGCGCCAACGGAUCCUACUCUCGCAUGUCCAAUAGACAACAGACUGUUCCGUGAUGCCGUGAAAACACCCUGUUGUGAUACCUCCUACUGCGAGGAAUGUAUCCAGACACAUCUGCUUGAGCGCGACUUCGUCUGUCCCAAUUGUGGGAAGAAGAUACCCUCCCUUGACAAAUUAGUGGUGGAUAGAUCGAUGAGAACAAAGGUCGCAGAGCACAUUGAUAAAGUCAUUGAGGAGAGUAAGAAGGAUGGUGAAGAAGGUAUGACUUCCAGUCAGGGCAUCUCAACAGAGGGUACCGACCAGCUAGCAGACAGUUCAGUGACGGACGACUUCUAUUCAGACCCACAUUCAGAUGUGUCCCAGAUGAUCGUUGAUAGCAUCCCCCAGCUGCAGGCUCAGAUAUCUCAACUGUCCGUCAUGAUGCACAAUCCUUCGUUGCCGAAUCAGGUUCGCCAAACUACCGAAAUGAAGUACCAUCAACUGCAAAUGGAGCUCCAGCAAGCGCAGGCGCUCGCUGCUACACUCGCUGUGGCUACUACGCUACAACAGCAACAACAACAGCAACAGCAACAGAUGCAGAACAAUGCCAAUCUGAUGGGAUUUGGUAUGACAGGGUAUCAGGGGAACGAUGCACCGUGGUCAACGAACCCAUUCACUAGUCAGCAACCUGCUGGACAGGAUUCAGCGUACCAGCGGCUACCUCUUAAUAAUCGUCGCCGAAAUCUGAAACGAGACAGGCCCUCCGAUUUCCUAGAAGUAGGUGGGGAAGGCGAUAACAAGGUACCGAGGUAUUGGGAGUGAUAGCUUGCUCAGAUGGGUAAGUAACCAUGUCAGUGAAGGUAGCGUCAUGCGUUUCUGUUCUAGCCGAUUGCGUAAAAAAAUACAAUCUAAUAGAGGAGACUGGUUCGAGGUAUUCGUGCUAUUA